AUGGGUCUUCUCUCCUGGCUUCUCCCGAACGGGAGAAUAUCUUUCCACCAUGCGCAGAAAUCGAUCUUGUUAAAGCGGAAGCUACCGAACAAGAGCUCCGGAGCUGACGAGUCAAAAUACAUUUCUCUGGCCGACCUUUGCAAAUCUGCUACUCCCGCAGACUGCCAGUUGAAUCCAUUCUUGUUUAAUGGACAUCUACAAACAGCGUGGACGCUUAUGAGAACAGACGAUGUUCCUGUCUACUACAAACGAUGGCGGUUCGAGGGAGAUAGCCCUGAUUAUCGCGGAAGCUUCGAAGUGGACUUUGUUGUCGACCCAUACGAUGUCAAAAAGGCCGGCAACGGUGGCAAGGCUACAGAGUUAGAGAACGGUACAUUCGAGUCUUCCACUCCGUCCGCAGACCCAGAACAUCCGUCCCCUCGCACCAGCUUUUUCACAGAGGAGGAGUUCUCGGCGCUCCCCUCGGAUGAUAAGAAGCCUAUGCUUGUCGUUUUACACGGUCUAUCUGGCGGAUCACAUGAGCCUUAUCUGCGAAAUAUAGUCGAUCCGCUACAUAAGCAGGGCUGGGAAGUAUGUGUCGUCAAUUUCCGUGGUUGUGCAAACUCCAAGGUGACAAGCUCUAUAUUGUACAAUGCACGCGCAACAUGGGAUGUUCGACAGAUGGUACGCUGGUUACGCAAGAAUUUUCCGUCUCGCCCUCUUUUCGGAAUUGGGUUCUCCUUGGGUGCAAAUAUCAUGACCAACUACGUUGGAGAAGAAGGUGAUGACUGCCAACUAAAAGCUGCAGUCAUCUGUUCCAAUCCCUGGAAUCUCGAAGUUAGCUCUCUGGCCCUACAGCGAACCUGGGUCGGGACACAGGUUUAUUCAAGGACUAUGGGCGCAAGCAUGAAGAGGCUCUUUGAACAGCAUGUCGACAAGCUACAGGAGCAUCCACGCGUCAAUGUCGAAAGAGUUCGAAAUACCACUUACCUCCACGAGUUCGAUAGAGAGUUGCAAGCUCCUGUUUGGGGUUACCCCACAGAGACCGCUUACUAUCGUGAUGCUUCAUCUAUAGAUUCCCUCUUCGGUGUCAAGAUUCCCCUAUUUGCUGUCCAAGCAGAAGAUGACGCCAUAUCCUCAAAGGAAGCAUUACCAUAUCUCGAGAUGACAAAAACCCCAUACGCAGUUAUGUGCACUACUUCCUGGGGCGGUCAUCUCAGUUGGUUUGAGUACGGAGGAGGCAGGUGGUUCACUAAACCUGUUGUUAACUUCCUCAAUAAAAUGGUGUCUGAUAUCGACCUUGAUGCCCCUGUCACGGUUGUGGAAGAUCCACUAGAAAGUGAUCCAGUCCUUAUCCCAGCUUCAGGAAAGGCCGACGGGCCGCACCCAGACUUUAAGCCCAUGAGGCGGAAAUUGCAUAUGCCAAUCGCUAACGGCGAGGAAUAG